AAAUUAACACAAUGCUGUCAAUCAACUAUACUUCAAUAAAAUGCAUUUUUUAAAAGUUAAAAAAACACAAGGAAUUAAUUCCAACUCACCAAAUAUUGAGCAAAUAAAUACUGUGUUUCACAUUAUGGAAGUGAGUGGAAAAUGAACUAGGUUGUGAUUUCUGUCCUAUAAGGACUCAUACGUAAAGAUGUCAAUGACAAAAGAUGCUGAGUAUGUUGGUGGUAUGUAUAAAAGAUCUUGAGAGAGCAAGUACACCUGGUUUGGGGUUUGUACAUAGUAAGGGGAAAGGAGAGCAAAAAAAGGAUUGUCAGUGAUAAAAUAAUUUAGGUUGAAUUACGAAUAGGAUUUAUUGGGUAAACCAGCACAUAGUUUCUUUGGGAUAAGGAGUGAAACUUUGGCAGUGACACCAGAUCUCUGAGUAGCAGCCUGACCAUUAUUCUGAGUUGUUUACGUGUUGCACAGAAACAAGCACUGUGGGAAGGGAUGGACAGAGCUCAAGUAGGCUUAGGCUGAGUGUAGUCUAGAAUAUAUUUUAGCUAUUAGCACUUCCAUGAAGUUAUUUACUCUCUGAGUCUGUUUCCUCAAUCACGAAUUGGAGAUAAACCUAUUUGUAGGGUUAGUGUGAGGAUAACUAAACAAUGUAUAUAAAACUUACAUGAAAUCUUGGUUUAUGUUAAUAUACUUUACUACUCCUUUGUCUUCUAAAGCCCCUUGCGUGUAGACAAUCGAUACAUUUAUUGAUUUGACUUAAAGUGUCUUGGGAUAAUAGAGAGAAUACAAAUAAAUUGGUAGUAAAUUGGUUGUAGUGGCUGGAGGAGGAUUGGCAUAAGGAGGGAACUUAGAUUCUGUUUCUUAUUUUGAAAUCUAAAUUGGGUGAAAAGGUAGCUCUUACAGCCAAUAGCUGUUGGGAAGAUCCCCUACAGGAGGGCAUGGCAACCCACUCCAGUGUUCUUACCUGGAGAAUCCCCAUGGACAGAGGAGCCUGGCAGGCUGCAUACAGUCCCCGGGGUUGCAAAGAGUGGGACACAAGUGAGCGACUAAGCACACAUAGCCAAUAGCCAGCAGCUUAACUUGCCCUGGAGAGCUUAGAUUGAGAAAAAAAAGUAUUUAGUGUUUACAUUGGAAAGGUAUUUGGCAAGACAUAGGAGGUUUAAGGAGUGCGGGGGAGCAACCUACACUUGAAGGUAUGUUACAUAAUGUAUAUCUCCGUAGAACAAGCUUCCAAAAGAAUCUGCUGCUUGAAUAUCAGCUGCUGUUCAUCAGGCAGCUCAAAAUGUUUUGGUUGUUUGUCUCGCCCCAUUAACCUUGGCCACAUUCUGGUGCUACAGUAAUGUCUGUCCUGUUAGAAUCUUUCCCAGUUUACCAAUUUCUUGCUUUUAACAAAUAGAUCUGAGCCACCCUCAGAGAAUCCAUUAUAUUUUUGAAGAAUUAAUGUGGCUUGGAUCAAGUGUUAAUAUCAACUUUUCUUCCCCUAAUGCAGUACUUAAAGCAGUUUACAUUGUCUGGCUAAUCUCAUGGAGGAUAAAUAAGGACUUUUAAAAAGCAGAAUUUUUUUAAAAAACUUUUAUUGUGGACAAUUUCAAAUGUAUACAGAAAUAGAAUGAAAUAAUGAGCUCCAUGUGCCCAUCACUCAGCUUACGCAAUCAUCAGUUUUGGGGGCCAAUCUCCUUUUGGCUAAUCCCUACCACACCCUUAGCAAGUUUUGGUAAAUACCUACCUUUAGUGGUAGAUAGAGACAAGAGAGCACAAGGCAGCUAAAUUUAGGAAGGUAAACCAAGUCAGAGAAAAGGAAAAGAUGGAUGUCUUGGCUGAUGUGAGUUAUCAAGCAAACAGGUUCUUCUGUGCCUUUGUCCUUUUCCUUUUAGUGGUUGGUUAAUGCUAAAAACUAAUUCUUGUUGUUAAUACACCCACUUUCAGACUGAAUUUUACCCUUUUGUUCUUCCUAUUUGUUUUUUCCCCUGAAGGUGUCUACAUUCUUUAUUUUUAUUUGCUUUUCACCCAUGUCAAAAUGUUGAGAGGUCUGUGCCAGGGCAUGAAAUUAAGUUUGCCCUGGGACCAAACCACUCACCUGGAGAUGUCUUUGUGACCAUCUGGACUACAGACUAGAAGAAAUUGUUUUUACCUUUAUGGCAGGUUAUUCAAAAUAAGCUUUGUUGCCAUUUUAGCUGUAAAGUCUAGUCCUCGCCAGUACUUAUUUAAAAUUAUUUAGUCAAAAAUCUGAUUGCAAGGUUUAACCACUUGGCUAGAUUUGAGCACUUUGGAGCUUAGAUUCUGUGGGAAAAUCUUUAACUAGCUUUCUAUAAAUUGAAAUUGAUUAUCAGGAUUUAAAAAACUUAAUUUUCUAGAAAUUAUAAAAAAUUGGCACUCUUUUCAUGUAAAAAGUACUGUAAAAGAGUUAAAAAAAAAAAAAGACCUUGAGCAGAGUUUGACUUUUUUUUUUUUUUUUUUCUGGACUGAAAUGGAGGCUUUCUUUCAAGCGAAUUCCCUGAUGUUUGCUGUGUGUGAUUUGGCUCUAUCUCUGUAACUGCUAAUAUGUGGCGUGGACUUUAAGCUGUUUGGGAUCAGGAUGUGCCCAAACUCUGUAUUGCAAGUCGGGAUUCGCAGGCAUUAUGUUACAAAACUGGCUUGCUGCCUUCUGUUUUCUGUGUUCUGAGUAGCUGCAUUGUUUGUUGCAGUAUAUGCACAAGCUGUUGUCAGUGUUGUUUCCUGCAGGCUGACAUAGUGGGAGGGGCUUUGUUUGAUACAUAGCUGAGUUUCCACUGUGUGAGUUCUUGAGUGCACACUGCAGCCAUCUUAAUUACACUUUAGUGCAACUGAGACAGUGCAGCUGUCUCAAAAUGGCUGCUAACCUGGUCUUUGUAACUGCUUAGGCAGCCACUAUGCCACUGAGGAGACCUGCCACAUGCAUCAGGACCAGAGAUUCAAAAUGGAUAGUAUAGAAGAACCUCAAAGAAAAGUCUUUAAGGCUCGAAAAACAAUGAGAGUGAGUGAUCGUCAGCAACUGGAAGCAGUGUACAAGGUCAAGGAAGAGCUGUUGAAAACUGAUGUCAAGCUGUUAAAUGGCAACCAUGAAAAUGGAGAUUUGGACCCAACCUCACCUUUGGAAAAUAUGGACUAUCUUAAUGACAAGGAAGAGGUGAAUGGCAUUGAGGAUCUUUGUUUUGAUUCUGAAAAAAGUAAAGCAGAAUGGAAAGAAACACCCUGUACCUUAAAUGUUCACGUAAAAAGCAAGCAGGAUGAUGACUUAAAGUGUGAACCUUUGUCUGCAAAUAAUGUAAGUCCAGAUCUAGCCUCUAAACUGGCUACUGAACCAUCUUCUGGUGAUUCAGCUUCUGAUCUGGCUACUGGAGGUCUGGAGUCUGGAGAUUCUGUCUCUGGAGACCUGGCCUCUGAAGCAUUAACCUCUGGUGAUCCUGCUUCUGGUGACCCUAUCUCUGGUGAUCUUGCCUCUGGUGGAAUAGUCUCCAGUGAACUGGUCUCCAGUGAGCCAGUUUCUAAUGAACUGGUCUCCAGUGAACCAGCCCCUGGUGAGUCGGUCUCCACUGAACCAGUCUCCAGUGAUUCAGCGUGUGAUGAUCUGGCCUCUGGUGAUCUUGCCUCUGAAUCACUGGCCCCUGAUGAUCCAGGCUCUGGUGAUCUGACUUCUAGUGAUCCAGCUUUUGGUGAUUCAGCCUCUGGUAAUCCAGCCUCUGGUGAACCAACUUCUGAUGAACCAACUUCUGAGACAGCCUUUGACCCCACCUUUGACCCAAGUUCGGUACCAGCCUGUGAACCAGUUCCUGAAACUGAUAAUACACAGCCCAGUAGCAAUAAAGGUGAUGAUUUUCUUCAACAAAAUAGAGACAAUGAAAAGUUAGAUCAAAUUUUCUCAUUUGACGAGAAAAAUAAAGCUGAUAGUAAUAGUGAUGCUGAUGCAGAAGCUCUCGAAACAGAUGAUACAAUUAUUUGUUCAGAUCUGUCUCCUGAAAAGAAGUUAGAAGAAGAUGCAAUCACAGAAUCUGCUCUUGGAGAGGAGGCUAUAUCUAGCAGUGUGGAGAUUGACCAAAGUGAAAAGAAUGAAGAAGAAAAUUCUGCAGACCUUAUAGAAACCAUUAGUGAAGAUGUUAUAAAAGAUGACAAAAAUGAGAAUAUCCUAGAAAAUACAGAUUCUAUGGAGACAGAUGAAAUCAUUCCUAUUUUGGAAAAGCUUGCACCUGCUGAAGAUGAACUCACUUGCUUUUCUAAAGCUUCUCUCCUUCCAAUUGAUGAGUCAAGUCCAGAUUUGGAAGAAAAGAUGGAAGGUUCUUUUGGUUCACCAUCUAAACAAGAAAGUAGUGAGAGCUUGCCAAAAGAAGCCUUUUUGGUCCUCUCUGAUGAAGAGGAUAUUUCGGGUGAAAAGGAUGAGUCUGAAGUUACAUCACAAAAUGAGACGUGCUCUCCAGAAGUAGAAAGCAAUGAAAAGGACAGCAAACCUGAGGAGGAAGAGCAAGUAAUACGUGAAGAUGAAAGACCUUCUGAGAAAAGUGAAUUCUUUAGAAGAAAACGUUCUAAGUCAGAGGACAUGGACAAUAUACAGUCCAAACGCCGUCGAUAUUUGGAAGAGGAAUAUGAGGCAGAAUUUCAAGUAAAGAUUACAGCCAAGGGAGAUAUAAACCAGAAGCUACAAAAGGUUGUACAGUGGUUGCUGGAAGAAAAAUUGUGUGCACUGCAGUGUGCUGUAUUUGAUAAGACACUGGCAGAAUUGAAAACACGAGUGGAAAAGAUUGAGUGUAAUAAGAGGCAUAAAACAGUCCUUGCUGAACUACAGGCCAAGAUAGCCAGGUUAACCAAACGCUUUGGAGCAGCCAAAGAAGAUCUUAAGAAAAGACAAGAAAACCCACCAAACCCACCUGUAUCACCAGGAAAGUCUGUAGUUGAUGUCAUCAGCAAUAACAGUGUGCCCUACAGAAAUACAAACACGGUGAGACAGAUGUUGGAGUCCAAAAGGAAUAUAAGUGAGAGCGCACCGCCAUCUUUUCAAACCCCUGUGAAUACAGUACCUUCAACCAAUCUUGUCACUCCUCCAACAGUUGUCAGUAGUCAACCUAAAUUGCAGCCUCCAGUGACUUCAGGUUCUCUGACAGCCACGUCAGUUCUUCCUGCACCCAACACAGCUACAGUAGUUGCUUCUACUCAGGUGCCUAGUGGAAAUCCCCAGCCUACAAUCUCUUUACAGUCUUUACCAGUGAUUUUACAUGUACCUGUUGCUGUAUCCUCACAGCCUCAGCUCCUUCAGAGCCAUCCAGGGACUUUAGUGACCAAUCAACCAUCAGGCAACGUUGAAUUCAUUUCUGUACAAAGCCCACCUACAGUGAGUGGUCUUACCAAAAAUCCAGUGUCUUUGCCAUCUUUGCCAAACCCCACGAAACCAAACAACGUUCCUUCUGUGCCCAGUCCUAGUAUUCAAAGGAAUUCUCCUGCCAGUGCUGCACCGUUAGGAACAACACUUGCCGUACAGGCCGUUCCCACAGCACACUCUAUUGUCCAAGCCACAAGGACUUCUUUACCUACAGUAGGCCCCUCAGGACUCUAUAGUCCAUCAAAUAAUCGAGGUCCUAUACAGAUGAAGAUUCCAAUUUCGGCUUUUAGUACUUCAUCUCCUGCAGAACAGAGCAGCACUACCACCACAAGAAUUGAAAACCAGACAAACAAAACAGUAGAUGCUUCUGUUAAUAAGAAAGCAGCUGAUAGCACAUCACAGAGUGGAAAAGCCACAAGCAGCGAUUCAGGUGGUGUCAUUGAUCUCACAAUGGAUGAUGAAGAGAGUGGAGCUUUACAAGACUCUAAAAAGGUAAAUCACACCCCUGUGUCAACCAUGAGUUCUUCUCAGCCUUUAUCUCGACCGUUGCAACCCAUCCAGCCAGCACCGCCUCUUCAACCAUCUGGAGUGCCAACAAGUGGACCAUCUCAGACAACCAUACACUUACUACCUACAGCUCCAACCACCGUGAAUGUAACACAUCGUCCAGUAACUCAGGUGACCACAAGACUCCCUGUACCGAGAGCUCCUGCAAACCACCAGGUGGUUUAUACGACCCUCCCUGCACCACCAGCUCAGGCUCCCCUGCGAGGAACUGUUAUGCAGGCUCCUGCUGUUCGGCAGGUCAAUCCCCAAAACAGUGUUACAGUUCGAGUGCCUCAAGCAACUACAUAUGUUGUAAACAAUGGAUUAACCCUGGGAUCAACGGGACCUCAGCUCACAGUGCAUCACCGACCACCACAAGUGCAUACUGAGCCCCCACGCCCUGUGCACCCAGCACCCUUACCAGAAGCCCCACAACCACAGCGUCUGCCCCCUGAAGCUGCCAGCACGUCUCUGCCUCAGAAGCCUCACUUGAAGUUAGCACGAGUUCAAAGUCAAAAUGGCAUUGUACUGUCCUGGAGUGUUCUGGAGGUGGACAGAAGCUGUGCCACUGUUGACAGCUACCACCUGUACGCGUACCACGAGGAACCCAGUGCCACUGUACCCUCACAGUGGAAGAAGAUUGGCGAAGUCAAGGCACUUCCCCUGCCCAUGGCAUGCACUCUCACCCAGUUCGUGUCUGGCAGCAAAUACUACUUUGCAGUACGAGCCAAGGAUAUUUAUGGGCGUUUUGGACCUUUCUGUGAUCCUCAGUCAACGGAUGUGAUCUCUUCUUCGCAGAGCAGUUAAACCUUGGAGCCUUUCUCUCUUCCUCUUUCAGAGUUCUACUUUUUGGUCUUGUUUUAAUCUUGUGCAUGAUACCCACUGUAAAAUGCACAUUGUGCAAGAUUUCUUGGACCGAUGUGUAUAUACACUACAUUUGUUCAUAAUCAGAAUAAACUCAGCCCAUAAAGCAGAAUCUUUUCCUGAACAAUUCGGGCUUCAAGGUUUUGAAAUGUAAAUGUGCACCUUGCUUUAGUUUUGAGGCUGGGGUAUAUGUGUGGUGUGUGCUUUUCUGUAUUUAUAUGUUUAUUACAGUGGAAUCUCCCAUUUUCAUUCUCAAAUUUACCUCUCUUCCAGUGUGAAGUAAGUAGAUCAAAGGAUUUGAGGUAUGUAUCUGGCAUGAUUCUGCUUCUACGUGAUCUGUAGGUUUAUAGAUAGAUGAUGUAAACUGACUCUAAAUGAAACCCAAAGAAAAAAUAAAAAGCAAAAUGGUCAAAUAGUUUAAAAUAGGUUAAUUUGAACACAGGAAAAGAUCUUUUCAUAUUUUCUUUUGUCUUUUCUGGGUUGUCAGUUCGAUGAGAAAGAUGUGCAGUGGGCCCUCCCUUUUCUAAUCUGAAAUUUUUUCCAUUUAUUUUUGUGCCUUAAAGAUUAACUGCAAAAGUAAACAGGGCCAUUUUUCCAUUGUGGUUUACUCUUCUCUUGUCAACCUUUCAUCCUCAUUUCUCCUUUUUCUCCACCAAAUGUAGCACAUUUCCCUCAAGUAAAUUUUAGACCAAGGCUUUUGUAUGUAGUGACAUCAUUACAUUUAACUUGCUCUUUUCUUCCAAGAAAAUUAAUGCUUUUUAUUUCUGGUCACUAUUUAACUCUGUGUAAAGUGAACCAAAAGAAGACCACAUUGUGUAAGCCAAUUUCCCUUCAAAUAUAUUUUAGUAUCUAUGUUGCACACUGUCUUAGAGAUUAUGAAAGCAAUUCUAGUUUACCUUAUCACCCAAAGUAUACCUUAUCACCCAUAAUAUUCUUUCAAAGAAAGUAAAUAGUAAAAUUCACAAAAUACAGUGAGCUAAACUAUCAAAGGGAGAGCUCCUUUUCUUCUUUAUCCUCAUAUCAUUCUUCCUGUAUUAAUCUUUUCUUUUGAUGGUGCUAAGUUUUAUCUGAUUCACCAUAUGUCAGCUUUGGAUAGGGUUUAAAGUACAUCCUUUGGGGUCAUUUAUGUAAGAAGUGACUUUACAACUUCUGUGCAUCUCUGUUCCUCUUCAAAGUUUUAAUCAAACUUUGGUCAUGGAUUUUCUAUUUGAGUGCCAGUUAUACUGGUAUCAGGUACGUGUUGGAGUGUAGGUAGCUUAAGACAGGAGAGCUGGCGUAAUUUGGGGGAUGAGAGUGGGGUUGGCGAUGCUUGGGAAGGAGUUUAUGGAGUUUGUGGAAUACAUUUUCAAGCCAUCUUCCAUAUCAUGUUUGAAAUCAUAUUCCUGCCUUCUUAAAUAAGUUACUCAUUAAUUUAUUCUGGACUUAUAAGAGGGAACUGUCAUUUCCAUAUUAAUGCUUCUUUGUUUGCAACUUCAAUGGCUUGUAACAGGAAACAUUCUACUUGUAAAGAAACUCUCUUUAGAGACUUUUACUGGUCACUGUACUGUCAGGUUGGAUGUGAAGUUUGAUCGAUGCUGAAGAAAGCCUACAGAAUGCCAAAAGUAAAUGCUCCAAAAUCUUCCUUUUGCUUUCAGAAAAUAGACCACAAUGAGAAUUAAAAUUUCCAUGAGUCAUAUUUGCCAACCAACUAUGUAGGCGUUACUCAUUGUGGGUCUAAUGAUGAUGGUAAAGAAAUUGCCAAUGUCAUGCCAAUGAAAAAUUUUAAAGGGAGAAAUUGAUGAUCUUCUAGAUGUAUGUGAGCACCUGUCUUAUAUCUGCAUGUACAUAUGUUUUUACCUGCAAUGGUUGCAGUGUUGAUUAUGUGUUGGAGAUCAUUUCAGUCGACAGAAUAGAAAGCCCAUGUUCAAAAUUGCUCUUUAUUGACCGGUUUUAUGGUCAUGUGAUAAUUUGCUUACCUAGCCUAGAAAGCUUCCCUUGGUGAGUACUUUAUGUUUACUAAUCCUUUUUUUUUUUUAAAGCUUUCAUAGCAUUAUAUAAUCAGGUGAAGAAAGCCCAGUAUCAUGAAAAUAUUAUUUUGACCUAUACUGUGUGAUUUCUGUCAGAGAAAAAAGAAAUAACUUAAAUAGUAACCCUAAAAAAUAGAUUUACUACAGUAAAAUAAAACUUUAUUCCAAGUGGUGGAGGGAAGGUACAAAGAGAGAUUGUAAUUAUUUGAGGGAAAAGAUAUUAUACGAUGGUUUCUUUCAAUUAGUCUGCCACAGGAUUUAUAGGCAACAACUAUGUUGGAGUUACUGAUGGGUGCUAGACUUGAACUCUAGGUUUUUAUUUCAGGCAGGUUUUUUAAUGUUGAAGAGAGCUUUCUUUUUGUUUGAUUUGUUUCUUUAGAGACAGAGAAUGGAGGACUCAACUAGAAAUAGCUACUGGUCACAUAUUUUUAAUAGCAAUUCACACUUCAUGGUACCUUUUUUAAUUUCACAGUAUCUUUUCACAGAGUAUUACAAAUAAGCUUAAUAAUCCCAUUUUGGGAAUGCGAGUUUGCUACGUUUUUAGCCUGACAAUACUUGUGUAAGUAUUGCCUUAUUGGAAAUCCUGGAAACUUCUGAUACUUCAACUUGAAAUAUAGGGUGUUUAUAUGAUGUUUAAAGGUAAUGGUGAUGUUUGUUACUGUCUACUUUGCACUUUGUCAGAGUAAUUUUCACCCAAUUUUAAGUGUGAGUAAGCCUCACAUUUUAAAAUAAUAUUCUUGCCAGUACAUUUAUAAAGUAUAUACAAAGACAUCUGUUGGUAACAGGUAACUUUAUGAGGUAACUAUAUCCCUCUAUUUCUCUGGACUCACUUUUUAAAACAUGCAGAAUACUGUGUGCUAUUUAACACAGUCAAAGUUUAUGAGAGAAGUGAAGAACAGAGCUUGCUUCCUUGAAAAGUGAAUGUUUGUUGGGAUGCCAUUUGCCUCACAGACAUGUGUUCCCCACUGUCCCAACCCCCAUUGCCAGAUAAGAAAUGAAAAGUUUGAUUGAAUAAAAUGACCUCAAACAAGGAGCUUAGGACCACCUGUCAGCAGAACUCCUUAGGCAGGCUGCACCAUACAGUUUUCUUCCUGUAGCCGAUAAGUGUUAACGUGGCUUUUUUUGUUUGUUUGUUUGCUCUUUUGCUUAUAUUUUCCAAAUUAUUGUUUAUGCAGCAAGGUGUUAAUAUUGCAUGAUAUGCAUUUAUCUUGUUCCACAAAUUUUUCAUUACUGUACAAGAUUAGCAGAAUAAUGUCUGCGUUAUCCUCCUCUCUCGCUUGUAUACACUGUGAUGUUGGCACAGUACGUUACUGCAAAGACUUCCAAAUGUUCUCCCAGACUUUCCUUGUUGGGCUAUUUCAAUAUCCUGUGAUUUAUUCAUUAUUUUAGCUUUAUCAUUGACCAUUCAUUGGCCUGUUUUAUUCUGAUUUCCAGAAAGACCAUGUCCCAGUAUUAGAUUAUUGCAAAUAACUCUAUCUAAAGCCAGUGUAUAAUUCUGCCUGCCUUACUCUCUACUGGGUAAAUGAUGGCCCCUCCCCUUUCUGAAAAUUUUGGGACAAACAAAAAAAGUUAGAACAAUUCCUGUAAAGUGUUUCGUUAGUGUGGCAGGUUUAUCCAAUUCCAAAAACUUAUUUCCCUUGAGCCAGCCAAUGGGGAGGAAUAGAAUGAUACAAACACGUGUUUUGUCUUCUCAUCUUCAGUUUUAUCAUGCUAAGUUUGUCAUUCUUUUUUUUUUUUAACUUGUAGAGUCAAAUACCCACUCUUUAUAUUUAAUUGCUAUCUUAAAAAUUUUUUUUUUUUGUAAAUAAGGUAACUGGGCAAUCAAACAUCAUUUGGGGAAUCCUGGCUUUAGAAUUUUUCAGCCAUUUCAAAAUAUAAAAAUAAUUCCUUUGUAGGAAACUUGCAUCCUAAUAUUUCUUUUUACAGUUGAAAGUGUAAAUAAGAAGACAAUGUAAGACCUUCUGAUGUCUAAUAGAAACUGGGCUGUAGCAAGUUGCCCUAUUUUUAUUAGGUUUUGAAGGUUUUUGUGGGUUUUUUUUUUUUCUUUUUUAAAUGUACAGUAGAGUGGUGUCUGUAUAAGUGUUAACUGUAGUGGGAUUUUGUCCAGCAAGCCUGAAAUUUAUACUUUGAAAUAAACUACUGGGUUUUUAA